AUGUCGAUGGGGGAAGUUGAACAAAACAAUUAUGGAACAGAGUUUGAAAAGGGAGUAGACUCAGCAUAUAGAUCAAGUUAUGGAAAUGAGGUUUACUUGUUCAAAGGAGACAAGUAUGCUUGUAUAGACUAUGGAACAAACCGUCUUGUUCAAAGUAUAAAAAAGAUUAGUGAUGGUUUUACUUGUUUCCAUGACACUAUAUUUGAAAAUGGAAUAGAUGCAGCAUUUGCUUCUCAUAGGACUGAUGAAGCAUAUUUUUUCAAAGGAGAGUACUAUGUACGCGUGGCAGUUGUUCCAGGCUCCACCAGUGACAAACUUAUGGGUAAUCCUGCCAAAAUUGUUGAUUAUUGGCCUUCUCUUCGUGGCUUAAUCCCUCUCAAAAAUCAAUAUCAAUCUAUCAUAACUAAGAAUAAACACAGUUUCUUGUUCAUUUUUUUAUGUAUAAUGUAAUGUGUGUGUGCGCUUUGCUUCUGUUUCUGUUUCUGAUUCUU